AUGCCUUUUCCGGCUCUCUGUGGCACUGAAAGCCUCAAGAUGAAGCAAAUAGUUGCUAAUCAAAAAGUGAAAAUCCCUGAUGGACUCACAGUCCAUGUAAAAUCAAGGCUCGUAACAGUUAAGGGCCCACGGGGUGUGUUAAAACGAAACUUCAAACACUUGGCUGUAGACAUUCGUAUGGUUAACCCACGAUUGUUGAAGGUGGAAAAAUGGUUCGGCUCCAAAAAGGAACUAGCAGCAGUUAGAACUGUUUGCUCUCAUGUCGAAAACAUGAUUAAAGGUGUAACUAAGGGUUUCCAAUACAAAAUGAGAGCUGUAUAUGCUCACUUCCCCAUUAACUGUGUCACCACUGAAGGCAACUCAGUAAUUGAAAUCCGUAACUUCUUGGGUGAGAAAUUCAUCAGAAGGGUGAAGAUGGCCCCUGGUGUUACAGUAGUCAACUCACCAAAACAGAAAGAUGAGCUCAUCAUUGAAGGUAACUCCCUCGAGGAUGUAUCCAGUUCUGCUGCCCUAAUUCAGCAAUCCACCACAGUUAAAAAUAAGGAUAUAAGAAAGUUCUUGGAUGGUUUAUAUGUGUCCGAAAAAACAACUGUUGUACUGGAUGAAAUAUAA